AUGUCGUUCAAAUUCACGUUAGUGUACUUGGAUGACAUUUUGGUGUAUAGCAAGACGUUCGACGAACAUUUGGUACACCUGAAGGCAGUGUUUGACAAGCUAAGGGAGGCUAACUUGAAAUUGAAGCCCUCUAAAUGCAAAUUUGCUGUCAAACAAGUGGGAUUCCUUGGACAUGUCAUUACCAAAGAAGGUAUAAAGACUGAUCCAGGUAAAAUAGAGGCUGUUAAGUCUUUUCCCAGACCUAAGAAUGUAGGUGACUUGAGAAGCUACUUAGGGUUGUGUGGGUACUACAGAAAGUUUGUCAAGGACUAUGCCCACAUUGUGGCUCCAUUGAAUAAAUUACUUGGUAAGGACGUACCAUUUGUUUGGUCAGAUGAUGCUGACAAGGCAUUUCAGACCUUGAAACAGGCACUUAUAUCAUCUCCAAUUCUGGUUUUUCCUGACUUCAACAAACCCUUCAUUCUGUACACAGACAGUAGCUCUUUUGCCAUAGGAUUUGUCCUAGGCCAGAAAGACUCUGAAGGUAGAGAAAGAGUGGUAGCCUAUGGUGGCAAGAGCCUGAACAAAACACAAAGACAAUACCACAUCACAUUGAAGGAAUGUUUGGCAUUGGUCACAGGUGUCAAGCACUUCCACCUCUAUCUGGCUCCGAAUAAGUUUCAGGUUAUUACGGAUCAUGCCGCUCUGAGAUACCUGAAGAGCAUCAAAGACCCUACAGGUAAACUGGCAAGGUGGUCAUUGAUGCUUACUCAGUAUGACUAUGAGGUGAUAUACCGUCCAGGUGCUAAGCAUGGCAAUGCAGAUGCCUUGAGCCGUGGAGUGUCUCAGGUGUCUGUGAUAACCCAUGUCCAGGAGAAAACUGGUCUGACAGUAGACAAACUGCGCAGCCUACAGUUGGCUGAUGAGAAGUUCAAACGCAUCAUUGAUUAUCUGGAAUCAGAUGUGUUGCCAGAUGAUGAUGAGAAGGCACGACGAGUCUUGUUGGAGGCUGAUGAUUUUAUGAUGGAGGAUGGUAGACUGAAGACCAGCCCCUUUCAUCCGGAGACAAACAGUCAUGCUGAGCGCAUGAACAGUGUUAUUGGUCAAUCACUCAGGAUCUAUGGUGACAAGGCACAGGAAAACUGGCCGAAGCUGUUACCAAGUAUUCUAGCGGGUUACAGGAUGAGUCCUGCAGUCAGUUCGACGGGUUUCUCACCAUACUUCAUGGUGUUUGGCAGGGAACCUAGGUUACCAAUCGACAAUGUACUAGAGCCUCGCACGCAAGGUCUUUCAGUAAAAACACGUACUGACUUAAGGCAGUUGCUUGGUGAUAUCGAGGUUACCAGAGAGAUUGCACGUGAGAAUGUACAGAUUGCUCAGGAAGCAUACAAACAACAGUUUGACAAGAAGUCAGCUGAACCUCCAUACCGUGUGGGAGACAGGGUAUGGCUUUACUGUUCUAAAGUGCCAAUAGGGUUUAGUAGGAAACUCUACAAGUCGUGGCAAGGACCAUUUUAUGUGGUAUGGAAAUAUCCAUCUCACACAUUUCAGUUACGCAGAUGUGGUGAUGACAAACUGAUCAGAUCACCCAUUCAUGCAAAUAGACUGAAACCGUAUAUCAGUCCAGACGCUCGCCCUUUGGCAAUACCGUUAGACUUAUCUGACGAUGAGGAACCAGAUCCUGACAUGAUACCUGACAAUGAGGUUGUUGUGUCAGAACAGGAGGCAUGUCCUUCAUCAGCUGAUGAGUUGACAUCAGAUGAAGGGGAUACUGAUGCACAUGAAACGGCAGGCGCGGCAAACGAAGACGCCACUGCUGAGAUUGAGACUAGUCCUGAAAUGGAGGACAGGCAGAUCGAAGCCUUAGAGAAAUGUAUGUCGGAUCGCCGAGGUAAAUGGUAUAAGGUCCGAUAUGCCGGUGUCUCAAAAAGAGAAUGGGUUCUAAGAGAAUUUCUCCCAUCAGAGGUUGUGGAGGACUUCCACAUCAGGAGGACAAUGAAAGGUAAGGCGAAGCGGAAACACAAAAGUAAACAAUAG